CGUUAAACUAAUCCCAAUUUAGAAACAAUUUCCCAUUUAUUAUCUCUAAGAUUUUGGUAAUUGCUAUCAGCAUCAACUUAAUCCCAUGGAAGCUGAUUAUGAAGUUGGCGCCAAGACAGAGCCGAUAACCACCACGCCGUUACCAAGCGAAACCCUUGGCGCGCACCUGGCUCGCCGUUUAGUUCAGAUUGGUGUGAAGGACGUGUUCUCUGUUCCCGGCGACUUCAAUUUGACUUUACUUGACCACUUGAUCGCCGAGCCGGGUCUCAACCUCGUCGGCUGCUGCAACGAGCUAAACGCCGGCUAUGCAGCCGAUGGAUACGCACGAGCUAAGGGCGUCGGCGCCUGCGUCGUGACGUUCACCGUCGGUGGGCUGAGUGUGCUCAACGCGAUCGCCGGUGCUUACAGUGAAAAUCUGCCCGUGAUUUGUAUAGUCGGUGGACCCAAUUCGAAUGAUUAUGGGACAAAUCGGAUUCUUCAUCAUACAAUUGGGUUGCCGGAUUUUACACAGGAAAUGCAGUGUUUUCAAACUGUCACUUGUGCUCAGGCAGUGGUGAAUAAUUUGGAAGAUGCACAUGAACAAAUUGACACUGCAAUUUCAACUGCUUUGAAAGAAAGCAAACCAGUUUAUAUCAGUAUAAGUUGCAAUCUGCCUGCAAUUCCUUAUCCUACAUUUGCCAGAGAACCCGUGCCUUUUUUUCUUCCACCAAUAUCCAGCAAUCCAUUAGGGCUAGAAGCAGCAGUAGAAGAAACAGCUAAAUUCUUAAACAAAGCUGUGAAACCAGUGAUCAUAGCCGGAUCCAAAUUGAGAGUUUCAAAGGCUCAAAAAGCGUUUAUGGAAUUCGCAGAAGCUUCAGGGUAUCCAAUAUCCAUAAUGCCAUCAGCCAAAGGACUUGUACCCGAACACCACCCGAAUUUCAUCGGCACUUAUUGGGGCGCAGUUAGCACGAAUUUUGUCGGUGAAAUAGUCGAAUCAGCUGAUGCGUACAUUUUCGUGGGACCCAUUUUCAAUGAUUAUAGCUCAGUUGGGUACUCGUUGUUGAUAAAGAAAGAAAAAUCCAUCAUUGUUCAGCCUAAUCGUGUGACAAUUGGACAUGGUCCUUCUUUAGGGUGGGUGUUCAUGGCAGAUUUCUUGAGCGCUUUAGCUAAAAAGGUGAAAAAGAAUAAUACAGCAUUGGAGAACUAUCGGAGAAUCUUUGUGCCCAAUGGUGUGCCUUUAAAGUACGAGAAAGAUGAACCUCUUAGGGUUAAUAUCCUCUUCAAACAUAUUCAAGAAAUGUUGAGUGGUGAAACUGCUGUUAUUGCUGAGACAGGUGACUCGUGGUUCAAUUGUCAAAAACUACGUCUCCCCGAAAAUUGUGGUUAUGAAUUCCAGAUGCAAUAUGGAUCGAUUGGUUGGUCUGUAGGUGCGACACUCGGUUAUGCUCAAGCAGCCAAAGACAAGCGUGUUAUUGCUUGCAUUGGCGAUGGUAGUUUCCAGGUAACAGCACAAGAUAUUUCAACAAUGAUUCGAUGUGGACAAAAUACAAUUAUAUUCCUAAUCAACAACGGGGGUUACACAAUCGAAGUGGAAAUCCAUGAUGGGCCUUAUAAUGUCAUCAAGAAUUGGGACUACACUGGACUUGUCAAUGCCAUCCACAAUGGUGAAGGCAAAUGUUGGACUAGCAAGGUUCGAACUGAGGAGGAGUUGGUGGAAGCAAUUGCUACAGCAACAGGAGCACAUAAAGAUUCACUUUGUUUCAUAGAAAUAUUUGUGCAUAAAGAUGACACAAGCAAAGAGUUACUGGAGUGGGGUUCGCGAGUCUCUGCUGCUAAUAGUCGCCCUCCAAACCCACAAUAGUGAAAACAACAUUUUGGUUAAUGUCAUGAAUAAAAUGUUUUGUGUCUUGAUUUUACAUAAUGGCAGUGUAAUAUUUGUGUCAUAUUGGUGGUGAUUGUAAAUUAUGAACUCUAUGAGUCUUUUAUAUGAGGUAUUUGUAACUUAUGAUGAUUUUAGUUGCUUGAAUGUUACUUGGUCGGUUUCCAUA